AUGAUCGAGGAGCUUUUUCUUUAUGGUAAUUCAUGUACACCUGCUUUCGCACUUGGUUUAGUUGAUUCCGGUUUUACCACCAUAGUAUUACUAUCGGAGGAGCUUCUUUUUUUUGAUUCCGGUUUUACCACCAUAGUAUUACCAUGGGAGGAACUUCUUUUUCGUACAUCAUGUAUAACUGCUUUCGCACUUGGUGUAGUUGAUUCCGGUUUUACCACUAUAGUAUUACCACCAUCAGUUACUUCGAAAGUUGGACCACGAAAAGGAAUCGUUGGUUCAGACUUAAGAGCGAUAAAACUUCCAUAUUUAGUUCCAUGA